AUGCAAGUUUUAGUUCUUGGAUUGCCUCGGACGGGUACACAAUCCCUCGCCGACGCAUUGGCAAUACUUGGCAUCUCUCCGAUCUACCACAUGCGAGAAGUGGACAAAAAUGGCCAUGCGGAUGUCUGGACAGCCCUUCUUUAUGAAAAGUUCGAUAAUGAUGGUUCCCCAACGCCUCCGGAGGAUAGUCUUGUCCCAGUUCUGUUGAAAGAUUACAAAGGCGUCUCCGAUUACCCAGCCGCUAUAUUCGUCGACGAACUGCUCGCAGCCUAUCCUGAAGCUGCCGUCAUUUUGACAGUGCGGUCGGAAGAUUCAUGGGCAAAGAGCAUGAAGGACACUAUCGUGCACUAUCUUAAGUAUCGGGAGAUUGAUGAAACAACUCCUAUGGCGGCCAUGUCUAGAACUUACAGCAAGUUCUGCUGGGAUGACGACUUUGACAAGAAUGGUCUGGGUCUUUUUUGA